CUGUUCUGCAAAAUUGCUAAUUAGGGACAGAUUUUAACCUACAGAAAGUGCAAGAGUGUAGUCCAUAAGACGCCAUUUGAACAGUGACAUUCUGUCACACAUCUCUGUCCGCAUCCAAAUUGUUAUCAUGAGAAUGUCUCCACUUUUACAUUAUCUGCUGGUGUUCAUAUCAGUCCUGUCACUGAGCAGGGUGACUGAGGCACAGACAGCUCCGGUGAUAUUCUAUCCAUUCGGCUCAGUGGCAGGAGACGCUGUCAGUAUUGCCAUUGAGGAUGAAAACUCCACUCUUAUCAACCUGUGGAGUCCUUUUGUGUUCUUUGGCCACACAUACAACAGGACAUAUGUUAACAAUAAUGGACACCUUACAUUCAACCAGUCUUCAUCAGAGUUUGUUUCAAACUACUUUCCCAUCAAUGGAAGUGAAGACAUCAUCGCUCCCCUCUGGACCGACAUUGACGUCAGUAUGAAUGGCAUCAUCUCGUAUCAGCAGUACUCAAACGGGAGCAUUCUCACUCGUGCCACUCAGGAUAUAAACCAGCACUUCCCUGAUCUGAGCUUCACGGCUAAUUGGGUCCUGGUUGCAACUUGGGAUAGAGUUGCAUACUAUUAUCACUCUGGCACGGAAACGUCAUUUCAAGUGGUUUUAAUUUCGGGUGGUGAUUUGUCUUUUAUUCUCAUGAAUUAUGGUGACAUUGCUGUUGCGCAUAAUAUGGUGCAGGCUGGUUAUGACACAAUAAACUCCACGGCCUACUUUAAGGUCCCUGGGUCAAACAAUGGCAGCCUUAUUCAAAACCUCAAGAACUCCACUAAUGUCAAUGCUCCAGGCCGAUGGGCCUUCAGAGUGGACGGUGGACCAGAUCAAAACAUAAAAGAAAAUAUCAUAGGAGUCCAAAUGAAAGUUACUUCAUUUUCAGACCUAAGAGAGAGUGGAAACGUUGGGACCUUUUUAGAGAAAGUACAACAGGAGCUAACCAAGUACGGUCUGCCAAGCAGUCUCAAACUGAGCUUAAGAAGAGUCCAAAAGACACAUCCGUGAUAUUAACCAUUGUACAAGGAAAGAAAUUUUAAUAGACACCAGUUAAUUAAAUCCCUUGCAUCAAAUAUAUCCCUCCCAAUAAAAGAUAAAUUACAGGGAAGUAAGGAUAAUAACAAUCAAAAAUCAGAUCUAAAAUUAAAGUUAAAUAAUAGUCAUUGCUAUGAAAACCGGCGUCUGCUGAUCAGGAAUGUCACUCUACAGAAAGGCAAACGUUCAUUUGUUCACACACAAAUGAUAUGCGGAAGGAGUUUAACCUAUCUGCAAUAUGUGAAUAAUGGACAUAAACCUGUUCUUCCUCUAUGGCUCCAUUCACUUGAAAAUCAUAAUAUUUACUGUAAUGUGAACUUUUCUUGAUGAGAUAUUGGGGCAAGUAGGCUACUGUCUAUUCUGGCUAGCUGUCACAAUUUGAAUUUAUGGAGCUAUUACAUAUAGUAAAAUAUUUUGCUAUUUAGUUUUAGCUUUGCAUUUUCUCCUCAAAAAAGGUUGAUGCAUCAUUCUGAGGUGUGUGGUAACUAAAAGUAAAUUAAAAAUAUAUAAUGUGAAUUUAUUGAAUGUAAAAUAAAAUGUAUAUGUUUCUUGACUCACCACGAGCGGGAGACAGACGCUUUUAGUGAGAGUUGGUGAGAUACUAACACUGUAAAAUUGUAAAUAAAAAAACAUUGCAGUAGCCUAUGUUUUACAAGUAAAUUAUAUUUCUACUUCAGUUGUCUUUCUAUUUAAAAAUGUCAUACUUAAAUCAAUGUGCUACUUGCCAUUUCUUUCAAGUUAAUUGUAAAGUUUACUAGUAGCUUGUGAGCCACAAUUGUUUCUACACCAUUUUUUUUUCAGUGUGCAUGAAAUGCCAUAUCUUUGCAACAAUACAAACAAGUUGUUUGUGAUAUUAUUAGAUUAAUAAAGUCUUUAUCUUGCUCUCAGUUUAAACUUUUACGGAUUAAACUAUUAUAUACACACAGGCCUUUUCAAUUCCAAACUGCUGACAUGGCAUAGAGUGACAUUGACAUACUGUAGAAUGUUUAUUAAAAAAGCCCACAUACAAGGCUGAUUCAGUAGCCUACGUACUGAAUGACCGCAGUCUGUUGGGUAAAUUUAAUCA